GAGCGGACACAUCGAAUGCGCGUCCACCUCCCAGAAAGACGGAUGAAUGAACACCCACUGAAGUAUGCGCUUCAAAUUUUUUUCUCGAUAUUUUUCUCUUGUCUGGCACGAGAACGGGUUCACUUGUAACACUUUUUUGGGCUGAUGACUUUGUUUGCCGACAGCUGGCUCCGCAUCGGGGCUCGCCGACUGCGGCUUGCCCGUCAAAAGGAGCGCUGCUUUGAGGCUUCACCAGCUCACUUGUCCCGCUGAGCACAUGGUGCAGGAAAAAUGACGUCUACUGUCACUAUCGUCGCUUGCGUGCUCGCUUUAAUCUACGGCUGUGGCGGUGCCGAUUCAGAGGAGCGCCUCAUCAACUGGCUGCUUGGCGAACAUCGAUACAAUCCGCUGAUCCGGCCCGCAGUCAACCGGACUGAGAGGGUUACAGUGAAGCUUCAAGUGUCUCUGGCGCAGCUCAUCAGUGUAAAUGAAAGGGAACAGAUCAUGACGACAAAUGUGUGGCUCACUCAGCACUGGGUGGAUUACAGAUUGUCGUGGGACCCUGCCACAUACGAAGGAAUUGACAAGCUGCGUAUCCCCUCCAGACACGUCUGGCUGCCAGAUAUCGUUCUCUAUAACAAUGCUGACGGGACCUACGAGGUGACAGUCUUCACCAAUGUCAUCGUGCUCUCCAAUGGUAGCAUUCACUGGCUCCCACCUGCCAUCUACAAGAGUGCUUGCAAGAUCGAGGUCAAGCAUUUCCCAUUUGACCAACAAAACUGCACCCUGAAGUUUCGCUCAUGGACCUACGACCAUACUGAGAUUGACCUGAUUUUGAGAACAGAAGUGGCCAGCAUGGAUGACUUCACUCCCAGUGGCGAGUGGGACAUCCUGGCGCUACCCGGCCGGAGGACUGUCAACCCACUGGAUGCCACCUACGUGGAUGUCACAUAUGACUUCAUCAUCAAAAGAAAGCCCCUUUUCUACACUAUCAACCUGAUCAUUCCGUGUGUAAUGAUUACCUCAUUGGCCAUCCUGGUCUUCUACUUGCCUUCGGACUGCGGCGAGAAAAUGACCCUGUGCAUUUCCGUUCUGUUGGCCCUCACAGUAUUCCUGCUCCUGAUCUCCAAGAUCGUGCCGCCAACUUCCCUGGAUGUGCCGCUGAUCGGCAAGUACCUUAUGUUCACCAUGGUACUGGUGACCUUCUCCAUUAUCACAAGUGUGUGUGUGCUCAAUGUCCAUCACCGAUCCCCCAGCACUCACACCAUGCCCUCCUGGGUCAAAAUAAUUUUUCUGGUCAAACUACCUGCGUUGUUGUUCAUGAGACGCCCUAACGAUAACAGUGUGCGUCAGAGAAUGCAACAACAGCGGUGCCUUCGAUCAGGGGGGACAAUUCUGGGGUUGGGUUACCCCAUGACAUCCAAAGCUGGUUAUCCGAAGAUGUCAUCUGCCUUGCUGCCUUCAGACUCUGACUUCUGCACUCCUGGACUAAGUACAAUCCCUCCACUGGGAUUUCAUCACUCCAAUAGAAAGGCUGAUUCACAGUCCACAGACUUCCUUCCUGGUGGGUUUGCUUGCCCACAGGACCUCCAUUCUAGAAGCCAUUCUGACUUGGCUACCGACGUCCACGAGGCAGUGAAUGGGGUGCGCUAUGUUGCGGAGCACAUGAUGGCAGAUGAUGAUGAUCAAAGUGUGAUAGAAGACUGGAAGUAUGUGGCCAUGGUGGUGGAUCGCAUGUUCCUAUGGAUCUUUGUCAUCGUGUGCGUGGUGGGCACCCUAGGCCUGUUCCUCCAGCCCCUCUUCCAGAGUCAGGUGGUCCAACAACACCAGCAGCCGACAUCUGAAAUGCCUCGCAUUUGAUCAGCACAUUGUUUGAACAUCGGUUAGCUAAGAAGGCAAAUCUGUAGGACAACAGCUAUUAAUUACUAAUUUGUACGGUUCAUUUAAUUUGCUCUAGCAUCACAAUGUGUUCCUUUUGUUAUGAAGUAGUAGGUCACAUGUAGGCAUGUGCCGGUAUGCGAUUCUGACGGUAUGAUAACCUUAAGCAAAAAUAUCACGGUAUUGCAACUACAGCUCUAAAAUGUGUUACUUUGAGAUAUCUGGGUUUGAAAAAACUUUUUUUUCCCAUUGACCAGGAUUUUUAUUUUUCAAAACAUAUUAGCUAAUUGGAACAUAAGUAUAAUGUUACGUUAAAACCAAUAAAAAAAUAAAUAAAAUCUGAAAUAUUUUAAAUGAAAUUAAAAUUUCCAUAUAAAGCACGUGUGUAUGACUCGUAUCAUGUUUACAUUAUACACACACUCUUUUUCUCAAUACAGACAGUUGCCAGAGAGAAAAAAAAACACGUUUUACCAGUGGUAGACACACUAAACACGCUGCAGUUAACUCUCGUAGCUGGUGGGAAACGUUCAUGACAGUGUUUACUGACCUUUAAUUACGUGUAGAUGCAAAAUCAUAUUGGAGGUAUUGCCUGCUCGGCAGCAGUCCUCCGCAAACAUGUUUUACAUGUCGGUUGGCCCUCCUCCUCUAAGCCGUGGCUGGCUGUAACUUUUCUGUUGCCAAAGUAUUACCAUACCAGCGAUUUCGUUUUCUUCAAUGGGAGGGGGGGUGCAGGAGUUUCAUCUCCUCCAGCCAUUGUGUCGCACAGCUGACUCACUGACACUGAGCAACAACUGGUGGGGGAGGGUUGAGCCUUGCAGCAGCAAGCAAGAGAUUUCUCCCUGCAUUUUUGGGACAUAAAAAAGGCUAAUACCGUAGGGACGGUAUGAUGGAAAAUUUUUGCCGUUUGGAAACCGUGACGUUUUCAUACCACGGUAUACCUUGAAACCGGGAAUUGGCACAUGUCUAGUCACACGGUGGUAUUACAGUAUAGCCAUCAGAAAGAUGCUGUAACAUCAGUUUCUAUUGAACUGUAUGAACAAAAAAAUGUAAACAAAGUGUUAAACGCUCCAUUUUUUUUCUUUUCAUCAAAUAGUGACCUCUACUUUAAACUUUGUCACUAAUUCAA